CCCAUACAUAUAAAGGGGAUCGAGCAGAGCUUCCUCACAGAAUAACAGUCCAUACCUUUCAGCGAGUACUGGAAAACCAGCAGCGCUGAUCUCAGAUCUCAGUAAAUAUCAUCAAAAACCAUGAAGAGCUUGAUUGUUCUCUCUGCACUUGUUGUCCUUUCGACAGCCGAGCCAGUACUUCGAUAUGCUUAUUUUGGUGCACCCAUUGGUCUUGAUGGACGAGUUUUGGACACUCCGGAGGUAGCUUAUGCAAAGGCUCAUCAUUUGGCAGCUCAUGCUUAUGAAUCUGCAAGAAAUACUCUUGGAUACCCUUAUGCUUACCAGCCAAUUUCCUACGCUGCAGCACCCUUCAUCGCCUACCCUACAUAUUCCCUUGGAGCUCCACUUGGUCCAGAUGGAAGGGUUAUUGACACCCCCGAGGUAGCCCAAGCCAAAGCGGCUCAUCUAAUUGAACAUGCCAAGGAAGCUGCUAAGACCUCUGGACGUCCUUAUGGAGCCCUGGCCUUGAGCUACGCUUACGGAUACCCAUACACUGCGCCAAUCGGACCCGAUGGAAAUGUAAUAGACACUCCGGAAGUUGCCAUCGCCAAAGCCGCUCACUUCGCUGCUCACGCACAAGAAGCCGCCAACAGCAAAUGAAAGAAGACUCUGAAAACCUAGCCCAUAGAAAUCAUCUGCACCAACCAGGCCAAUAAAACGUUUCUUCGUGGUUUGAUUGUGGAUCUGAUAUACCGAAUCCUUACGCCAAUUAAAUUUUCGCUAGUCCAAAAAUAAAUUCUCUCUGUAAAUUCGGAUCUUAGGAAAGUAUUUAUCCACAAACGAACGGGGUCUUUGUACGAGUGUGCAAUGCUCAAAUCAUUUUCUCAUGCAAAGUAGAAAUAUUUAGUACCAUUAAACGAGUCGUAAUACAAUUGCGAUGAAAAUGACCUUGCCAUAACAAUGUACAAUUCUUCGAGUAUGACUGCAAUAAAGUUAAAUAAAUGAUAAUUUCACGAACUAA